AUGGGGGAAGGGGAGGAGGCGCGAUGGUGCGUGGUGACAGGAGGGAGGGGCUUCGCGGCGAGGCAUCUGGUGGAGAUGCUGCUCCGUUUGGGGCAAUGGCGCGUCCGCGUGGCCGAUCUGGCACCGUCAAUCAAGCUCGAGCCUCGCGAGGAGGAAGAGGGCGGGGGUGUCCUCGGUCCUGCCCUCCGAUUGGGGAGGGCACUCUACGUGCCCGCUGACCUCCGCGACAAGAGCCAGGUCGUCCAAGGUAUCUUCCCUCGUCAACCUUCGUUUCUCACUCUCUCCACAUAUCUCCGCGCACGUAAGAUGUCACCUUCCUCGAUUUCUGCAUUUAGUGGGACUAUGCUGCUUCUAGAUGCGCAUUUUCCGCUGAUUGUUAACUAGUGGAGUAGUCCUCACAGAUUUUUGGGUUAGUUUUUGUUAUUUUGGAGUGAUUUGCCAGAUUCCUGUUCCCUAAACCCGACAUUUAAUUAUCCAGUGAAUAGUUUUUUUUCUUUCAUGAGAUCUCUUCAACUUUUCUUUCAGUUGGUAGUGCUUUUUAUGACAUUUUUUUUUCUUAUACUGAGUUUGCAAAUUAUUGCAAUGACUAUUUCUCUCUGACGCUGAACUGCUGUCACCAUGUUUUUGAUAAGUUGGAGUAAAUUGUUUGACUGACUUUGCAAAAUCUGAUUACCGAUUGCUCUACUUUCUACUCUAUUUUACUGUUUUGUUUCACAAAGUUUGGAUGCCCGUUUGGCUUUGUCCACAUUGCAGCAUUUCAAGGGGCCGAGGUCGUCUUCCACAUGGCUGCACCUGAUUCAUCCAUCAAUAACUACGAACUUCAUUAUUCAGUUAAUGUGCAAGGUGAUAAUGAUGCAUUCUAAUUUUACAAGAGGUUCAAUUAGUAAUAACUAAUGAGUCUUCUGGUGAUAUAUCAACUAGCGUAAUGUGAAAUCCUUGUGCCUCAGGAACUAAGAACGUCAUUGAUGCAUGUAUUGAAUGCAAGGUUAAGAGGCUUGUAUAUACUAGUUCUCCCAGUGUUGUGUUUGAUGGUAUUCAUGGAUUGCACAAUGCAGACGAAUUAACUCCAUAUCCAGAAAAGGUCUUGAAUCAGUGUGUUCCAACACUCAUGAUACUUUUCAUUUCUAACAUUAAGUACCACCCUUGGACCGGUUAUGACUCUAAUAAUUAUUUUCAGUUCAAUGAUUCUUAUUCGGAGACUAAAGCUGAGGGAGAGAAGUUGGUUAUCAAAGCAAAUGGACAGUGUGGACUUUUAUCUUGUUGCAUACGCCCCAGUAGUAUUUUCGGGCCUGGUGAUAAAUUGUUGGUCCCGUCAUUGGUUGCCGCUGCAAAGGCUGGAAAGUCCAAGGUAACUUUAACUUUUACCUUCCAGAAAGAGAUACAUUCUUCCUCAUUUAUUAUUUUCUUCUUUUUAUCAUGCUGCCAACCUAGUUUAUUAUCAUGUUUAUGGACAUUUGUGCUAUCUUCCCUGAACUCCUCAUAGUCGUAUUGAAUGCAGUAGUAAGGACGUAACCAAUUCUGUGGACAUCUGUACUGUGGGGUUCUCAUUCCUAUUCUAAUGAGGUUAUUGGACGGUGUACUUGCUAACUUUUAUGAGUGAUGAUAAUAUUCAAAUAGACGCCAUCUUCAUCAACGAGAAUGAUAGAUCAACUUGCAAAGAUCAUGAGAAUGUUAUUAACGAGCAUAAGUUGACUAAGUUGAGACUAUUCUAUUAGAUGCUUAUGUUAAGGUACGCAUGCAAUAUAAAUUAGCUAUGGAAGGGUCCAGAAUAUGGUUGAAACAAUGGUGUAGUUACAUUAAAACAUGGCUUAUGAUAGUGAACCCAAUUGAGCAAGCCGCUCUGAAGAAAUGUUUCAUGUUAGGCUUGAGUAUCCCUAUUCCUUGUAAAACAGAAUACUAGUAGAUCUGGGGCGCUUAUUAGAGUCGUGCUACUAAGUCUAGUUGUCUGCAAUAGAUUAGCUAUCUAUCUUUGAAGGAUAAAAUUAAUAGGCUGCACCCCAAAAGAGUCCUACUAUGGAGCUUUCCAGAGGCCAUUUUAUUUUGAAAAAUAAUAUAAAGUUAUAAUUAUUAUUAUUAUAAUCAUAAUAAUGAUGAGAACUUUCUUUUUAUUAUUUAGUUUAGUUUGAACUAAAUUGACUGCAAAAGUACAGAGAAUCGUCACCACUUCUGAACAAGGGAAUCAUACCCUUAGGAAGCAGAGGAGAAUACACCGUAUUUUUGAAGAGGAAGCUAGCUUGCCAUUACGCUAUAUAGGAAUAAAUCUCCUUAGAGAUUUAUUGAUGCCCAGAAAUCUGCUCAGUUCAUUUACAUUGUUAGCUAUCUUGUUCGUGUCAGUACAAAGUUUUUGGGAUUUAAAGUGAAUUUCUCUGAUCCACUGAGAUAAGUAUUCAUUGUCGAUUGAAAUUUCGUGUAACAUCUCUAAAUUUUUCCAUAGGGCUGCUAUUUAUUUGUAUUUGGAAAGGCAUAGUUUAAUAGAGUGGUUCUUCAUAACAAUCUACAUUUUACAGCUUAACAGAUAAUUUGACAAUGAUAUAUUAUUCAGGGGAAGCAAAUGGCUCAAGAAGGCUGACCAGCCCUGUUAUUCUGUUCAAUUUCGUGUAAUCUCUAGUGCAUAUUGUCUAGUGAGAAGAAAGGUUUAUCAAAUGGAUGGAAAAAGUGAUUUUUAAAUUGGAUAAUUAAAGAAGAAUUGUGUCCCUACCUCCUCGAUUUGAAGAUCGAAAUAUAAUGCAAGAUUUAAUGCAAAAAAAAUUGAGUGAAGAUCAAAAUAUACCUAGUCAUGUAUGAAAAUUUAAUGCAACAUUUUAUGGGUUAAAACGAGUACAAUUGGGUGACUUCUGCUCACUUAAUAUUUCUCUUUCGUUUACUUUUUUUUUGUAGUUUGUCGUUGGUGAUGGAAAUAAUAUGUAUGACUUCACUUAUGUCGAGAAUGUUGCACAUGGACAUAUAUGUGCAGAGAAAGCUCUUGCUUCAGAGGAAAAUGGCACUAAAGUUGCAGGACAGGUAUGAGCUUUCGUUAUUCGUUUUUCUACUAGUAAAUCUGUUGUGACAUCAUUUUCUUGUAGGCUUAUUUUAUAACAAAUAUGGAACCGAUCAAAUUCUGGGAUUUCAUCUCAAGGAUUGUUGGAGAACUUGGAUAUGAGAGGUACAUUUCAAAUCCUGAAAGUUGUAUUCUUUUGGUGGUCUCUUUUCACCGUCGUACUUAUUAGCCAACAAUUUAUACAUCAAUUUUUGAGUACCUGUGGAUUUGGUCAUUGAAAACUAGUUUCCAUUAAGCUUAAGGUUUUUAAAAAAAUGAUUGUGCACGAUAAGAAAAGCUUCUCGAAAAGUAUGAGCUAGAAUUCUGAAUACAUCCUAUGUUAAAUUCAUUUUCACCUCCCUUUUGUCCAUUUUUUGUGGCCUUAACACAAACAUACUUUUUCUAGACAGUGAAAUGAUACGUUUCCUACGUCAAAUCUCUAUACUUGUUAGCUUCCCCAUAAUGGUCCCUUGCGAUCAUGUAAAUCCAUUUCGGCUUCAAAUUUGGCAACCUUAGUAGUGUUUCCACUUAUUUGUGCCCUAUAUGACCUUUGGGAUAUUUCGUCUUCCUUUGGGAUCUGUGUGACCUAUAUGAUUAGGCUGUUUCAAGGUUGUGUAGCAUCAUUUGACUGGGAUUUAUUUCUUCUCGCAAAGCUUAACGUGCAUCCAUUACUGCAUCCAAAACUGAUAAACCUGCAUAUAUGUUUUUAGUACAACCCUCUUACAGUUCGCAUGAGGUGAUAGACAUGAGAGAAGACCAAAAUAGAAAGGGUGAGAAUGUACCUAAGUAUACAUUGAUUUUUGUGUGAUCUGAUUUUAAUGACAUCAGUUGAUAUAUUGAACUAUGUGAUGGAUUUUCAAUGACAAGAGACCCUUCGACCUCCUUUGAAUACGAGGAAAUUAGGCAUUAAUAUCAGAUUAAUAACCUUAUGAGUCUUCUUGCUUGGGGCCUCUAACAUUCCUCGACAUCAUGUUCAGCUUUUCUACUUUGAUCACGACUUGGUUAUUGUCUACAGCCGCAAUAACUUGAAAUUGCAAUCUUCUUCUCUAACUUGUAAUAAGUUCAUUGACAAAUAUAUUACAUCUUUACUAGUCUAUAUGGAGUUCUUUUUCCACUCGUGGCUUUUUCUGUGCUGAACUGUUCGGUAGUGUUUACAGGUGUCCUUGUUUUUUGGGGAGUAGAUCUUAUGCCAGCAACUCUAGGACGGAUAAUUGGUGCUCCUAGGGUGCCAGAUUGACCUAGGGACCGAAAGGAUCUGUGGGGUAUGUGUGGCGUACAUUGGGCUUAGGGGGACUUAGUGUGGUCUAUGACUGGGUAAUAUCCAUGUUCAAUAUCAAGCAUGCUCUUGCAUAGAUUGCUGAAUUUCAUCUCAAUCAACUGUACAACAGUCUUGACCACACCAGCUGCUUAUAGGAUUUGAUGCCUAAAUCGGUCAGUUUCUCCUGAUGACUUGUUACUUUGCCUUGGUUUAGGUCCACCAAGUGAUCUCAAAAUAUUAAAUGGCAUGUGGUCACCUCACAUGAUAAACACCACCUUGAAGAAUAUGGGUUUUUUGUUUGAAUCCUCAUCACCUGCAGGAGUGACAUAUUGAACAAAAUCUGCACUAAAUAUGUUUCACAUUGGACAUAUUACUGCAGAUUGACAGUGGAGCAUGGCCAAUCUAGCUGCAAGGGUUCUAGUUGUUGACUUGUCCGUACAGUGAGGAACAUGAAAAACUUCAUGGAGCCUACCCAUAUAUUGAUUCGAUAGUCUGACUUCCUGUCAAAGUUUAGGCUCCAUGCGAACUAGUAAUCAUGUUUCAUUACUAGUUAUGUUGUCUAUGCCGAAAUUGCUACUUACUUCGUAGUUAGUCUUCUCUAUAUGACAUUUCCAUAAUGGAGUUUCGGCCAAUGUAACCACCCAUAAAUUAAAUAAACUUCAUCCCUUGUUUUAGAAAUUCUUUGGGAAGUGAUAUCAAAGAGUACAGUCAUUCGUCCCACUUUUCAUCAAAUGGUGAAGGACUCUUCAUGGCUGAGUUGAGAAGGUGACUAUUUUAAUGUAUUUAGUGCUUUUUUGCAGUCCGAGAACCAAAAUCCCUAUCUCGGUUAUAAUGCCUGUGGCUUAUGGCGUAGAGUGGACAUACAAAAUCUUUGCUCGGUAUGGAAUGCGUGUGCCUCAACUGACUCCAUCAAGAAUCAGACUUCUAUCAUGCAACAGAACUUUCAGCUGCUCAAAAGCCAAUACGCAGCUUGGCUAUAAACCUAUAGUAUCUCUAGAGGUUUGCUUACAAACCUUGCCUUUUAUUUUCUUAGAAGUACUCUAUAUAGCAUAUAGUAUACAUGUACAAGCUGUGUGCAAGUUUUCUAUUGUUAUUCAGGAAGGAUUGAAGCGGACAAUAGAUUCCUACUCCCAUUUGCGAGCUAAUAAGCAGAAGAAAACAACAUCUAAGGCUUCAGUUUAUCUUGGAAAUGGAAGAGGUAAAGAUGAAGAUGAUAUUGUGGUGUUUAAAAUGGUAUCCUCACAAAUGAUGAUAUGUAAUGGUUUAAUCUGCCUUUGGUUUUUCAGUUGCUGAAACCCUUUUGUGGAAAGAUAAAAUGCAGACUCUUACAACAGUCUUGCUUCUGGCUAUUUUGUAUUAUUUCUUUUAUGUGUCUGGACACACCUUUCUAACAGCUGUGGCAAAGAUUUUUUCCGUGAUUGCGUUCUUCCUAUUCAUCCACAGCAAAUUACCUACAAAAGUGUAUGCUCUCUCCCUCCCUCUCACUCCCCCCCCCCUCUCUCUCUCACUGUCCCCUUGUUUGUAAAUGUUGCAUGUAUAAUCUAGUUUGAAAAAUUGAUAGAUAAUUGUAUAUAUUUUUUUGAAUUUACUCCAGCCCAUGUUGGCAAAUGUGUAUUCGUUGUUUUCUUUGGUUCUUUCUGAAUGAUUAUAACUUGAAUCUUCAAUUGAACUUUCAGUAUUUUUUUUUCCUAACCUGUUUUAUAAGUUUCAAAGGUCCUUGGGUAGUCAAAUCAAUGAAAUGUCAUUUUGAAAAUCUUGCUCAGUUUGCUCUGUUUGAUGGCUAACCAUUAAAGGAAAAUGGGCGGUGCAGAUUGAGCUACCAGAUCAAAAGGAUCCCCCCUUCUUGUUUUCACAUCUCUCAAGACAUGGCACAUCGAGCAGCCAUCUCUAUUUGUUCUUGUUGGAACUCUCUGGUUGGUGUCCUGAAGUCAGUUUGUAGAGGAAAUGAUUGGUCCCUAUUUCUCAAGGUACUUCUCUCUCAUCUAUUUUGUGCUUUCCCAUGUCUUAGUAACUAGACUUGAAUUGGCCAUUGUCAGUCUUCUCUUUCAAUCCAGACAAGGAUCGGAUUACUUUGGGCAAAUUUUCAGAAUGAUCUGAUCCUUGAGUCAGUGGCCAAUUCUUAACUCUCUUUCAAGACCUAUGAUCAGAUUUUAAUAGUUGGCUUUGUUCGAUUUGGUCAGAUGGGAUAAUACUCAUACUAUAGAAUCAGAGACCGAUUCGAAUCCUUCUUUUGAUCCAGAAUGGGAAUCAAAUUUGUUUGGCUGAAUCUGUCAAGUUGGGCCAUAGAAUAGAACCCAGUGCUGAUCCCAAUCUAGUUCACUCAUCAACCAUCUUACCCAAGCAUGUGGAGGAACACGACACUCUUGCUUAUCUCUGUUGCACCAAGUGGGUAGGCUUUAAUUCUCUUCCCCUUUUUCAUCUUGCAGGUAGCUGCUACGUUGUUGAUCCUCAAUUUCAUUGGAAUCUUGUCAUUCAAGAGGUCCUUUGAAAUAGGUUUGUAUGAAAAUCUCAUCCAUUCAUUAAGUCUCUUUGGAUUUCAUGUCUAGACAGUUAAUCUUAACUCAUAGUGACCAUCCACCUUAUUUCAGGGUUUCCAUUGGCCUUUGUUGUCUUUUUUGCAUAUGAGAAAUGGGAGGAGGAAAUAGACUCUAUUCUCCUCAACAUAGUCUCAUUUAGAUCAAGAUUGAAGUUGAACACAAUGAAUGAAAUCUCAAGGCAGUGA